AGCAUCUCUACCUGUACCUAGUAUCCUUCUUGUACAAAUCAAUCCAUCACGCGACAUCUACCAGCCAUCAAAAAGAAAUAUCAUCAACAUCAUCACCAACAACAGAAACAUCAUGUCCAGUCCAUCUUCUUCAUCUACACCAUGGGAAGAUCGUCGGGGUAUGUUCCAGCGAGGCAAGGAUGUCCACGAUCCCGCCCGCAGAAGACCUUCACAAGGAGGAGGAGGAGGAGGAGUAGCAGAAGCUGUGCGAAGAGCAUCCGUCACGAGCAAUAACAGUGACCCAUUGGCAUCUCCCACCUUGUCGUCGUCAUCUACUAUGGAAGGUCAGAGACGAAGAUCCUCAGCAGCUUCGACUGGUCUCUUUGGAAAUUUGACCCAACAUAAGCGGGGAAGCGAAGACUAUGCUACUCGACGAGGGAGUCAUGCGGAGCAAAUGCCGCAAUAUGGAGGUUUGGUGUCGGGGUGGUUCAAUAAGACGUUUCGGGGUAUUACUCCUACUACCACUACUGCUACAAGUGAUGCGAAACUGGCGGAGCAGAGGAGAGGUGUUAUGGAGUAGAGAGGGAGAGAGAGAGAGACGGAAAGUGUAUAUCAAGCAGUGACCGGUUCAAAUGGGAGAAAACAAAGAGUCUUGCAAACAAAAAAAAAACUAGUGCCAUUUGCGUAGAUAUGCGCAUCGAGCCGCUGAAAGCUAUCUAGUUCUGAUUAUUUCUACCCGUAGCGAGCCUGUUGAAUGAGACGACCGAGUGCUGUGCUGACUCACCGAUAUCAGACCUUGAGCAAUUUCAACAACAGUCGAAUCUCCUUCACAUCCGUCUCCUCCUCCGCCAGAGCUUGUUCCUCGCCGCUGACCUUCGUGAUGCCCUUACUCGCAGCCUUGGCGAACGUAGCGCUCUGCUGUGUGAACAUCUCCUCGACUUGGCGUUCCUGCUCGAGCCGGCUUGCUUCACCAACAGCAGCUUUGUCGUCUUUCGGUGCGCCAUCCACGCCAUCGACGCUGCUGACAGCAAGAACGCGAUAUGCAACUUGCACGUCAUCGGUAGGGACCAGUCCAGCACGUUUGCGAAGACGCUGAAUGCGGUUGAGAACUUCACGAGCGAGUCCUUCUUGCGCAAGCUCGGGGUAGGCAAACGCAUCUAGAAGCACCAAGACAUCACCUUCCGUGCCUGUUUCGAAGUUCUUGGUCUCGGCAGACUCCUUGACCUUUCGCUGCACGCGAAGAUCUUCUGUAGUGAGUUCUUUGCCUUCAAUCGAGAGCUUGCCGGAGUCGAGGAAAGCUCUCAAUUCGUCCGCCGAGACCUUGGGCAGCGCAGCCUUAAUCUUUGCGGCAUCUUUCUUGAACUUCUGACCCAGACUUUUGACAUCCGGUAGGACUGAGUAUUCGACACCGUAUUUGCUCUCUUCGCUUGUCAGAACAAGGUCACGGACGUUGAGUUCUUCAGUAAUGUAGCGCUCCAGUGUCCGCACGUCCUCCAAGAACUCGAGAUCCUGAUGUAGCACGACGAGUGUCUUGAGUGGUGUCUUGAGCGAUACCGUGCGCCGGUCUCUGCAUAUGCGGCCAAGUUCGAUCACCUUUUGCAUACGAGUUACGCGUCGCUCAACAGUUGUGUCAAACAACUCUUGUCGCACGUCGGGGAAACGGAGGAAGUGUACACUGCGUACGUCCUGUCCUUUGGAGAUCGCUUCAGGAAGGUGCGGUGCUAAUCGCUGGAAGAUGUUAUCGCUCAAAAAUGGAAUGAAUGGUGCCAGGGCACGCGUCAGAGUGUAGAGAACCUCGUAUAAUGUGUUGAGAGCAUGCAGCGUAUCGUCGUUGCUACCCUCGUCUUCGUCGGCAACUCCGUUCGCUCCGUUUGUGGUCGGAGCCGUAGCAGGAGAGCCACUCUGGCCCUUCAGUCGAUUUCGGUUGAAUCGGAUGUACCAAUUCGUCACGUCAUCGACCAUCUUCAGUAGUCUCGGCACGACAGUGUAUAGUCGGUAGGCCUCCAUCUCCUUGUUGACGUACUGGAUGAGAGACUGGGUUGCAGCCAGCACCCAUCGGUCCAUGAUGUUGUGAUUGGACUUUUGUGCUUCUGGGUUGAAAACAAAAUCUUGACUGGUGUUCUUCUUGUACAACGCAGCUUGCUGCGCGAAGAAGUUGUACGAGUUCCAAAAGGGUAGAAGCACUCCAGAAACUAUCUGUUUGACUCCGAGCUCUGCAAACCGCAGUGGUUCACCGCGCACCACCGGCGAAUCAAUCAAGUAAAGCCGCAGUGCGUCAGAACCGUAUUUUUCAAUGACAAGCAUUGGGUCUGGGAAAUUCUUGAGGGACUUGGACAUCUUCUUACCAUCCUCGGCGAGCACAAUGCCAUUGACGACACAGUUCUGGUACGGGAAUGUGUUGAAUAGAUGUGUGCCUAGAACAGAGAGCGUGUAGAACCAGCCACGUGUUUGAUCGAGACCCUCAGCGAUGAAGUCACCAGGGAACUUGGUAAAUAGCUCCUUUCCGGGGCCCAUCUCAGGUGAUGUGCCUGAGGUUGGGUCGUCAGCAUCAUAGCCAGGGUAUGCAAACGGGUAGUGUGACGAGGCGUAGGGCAUCGAGCCAGACUCGAACCAGCAGUCGAAAACUUCUUCGACGCGACGUAACGUGCCCUUGCCCUGUUGUGACGGAAUAGUGAUCAGGUCAAUGGUAUCUCUGUGUAAGUCGUUGAUCUCCCCUUCAUAGCCGGAGAGCUUCUUCAAUUCUGCAAUGGACGAGACGCAGACAACCUCCUUAAAGUCAUCUGAUACCCACAGCGGCAAGGGAGUGCCCCAGAACCGAUUCCUGCUGACGUUCCAGUCUUUCGCUGAUGCGAGCCAGUUGUGGAAACGUCCAGUGUUUACAGAUUCCGGUACCCAAUGCGUCUUCUUGAGAUUGUCCGUAAGCUGUGUAGAGAUUUCUUCGACUUUGAUGAACCAAGAUGGCACAGCCCGCUGGAUGAGGGGUGUCUUCGAUCGUGGGCAAAAGGGAUAUCUGUGGGUAAUCUGUCCUUUCCGCACCAGACGGCUAUCUUGCUCUAGCUUUUUGAUGAUAGCCUUGUCAGCAGCCUUGACGUGCUGGCCAGCAAAGUCGGACACAUCGUCGGUAAACUCUCCUUGAGUGUUCAGAGGGUUCGGCGGAGAUCUCUCCGGCAGAAAGAUCUUUUCUCGCCAACAGAUGGCAUAAUCGUCCUCACCAAAAGAAGGCGACUGAUGGACCACACCCACACCCUCAUCGGACUUGACGUAGGUGUCGUUGAUAACACGGAAUGCGAUGUCCUUGAACUGGUCAUAAAAGUAGUUGAAUAUUGGCUUGUACUUCCAUCCUGCCAGAUCAGAGCCCUUGAUCUUGAGGGGAAACUGCUGGUACUUGUCCUUGGCCUUUUUGGGAUCUUUGAAUAAGACUUUGAGGCCUGCCUCCAGCAUGAUCAAGUUUUUGCCACUUUCCUUGUCGAGCACGACGAUGUACUCCAACUCGGGGUUUGUGCACAGCGCCAGAUUGCUUGGCAGCGUCCAGGGCGUCGUCGUCCAUGCCACGAAGUUGACCUCACCACCCACCAGUUUCGUGACUUCUUCCAAUUUUGCUCGCACGUGUUCUGGCUGUUGAUCCACCGGCAAUACAGGGAAGCUGAUUGUCACAGCUGGAUCCUGCACAUCUCUGUAGUCCUCUUGUGCCUCUGACUUGGACAACGCAGUUCCCAGCGCUGUAGAGUACGGCAGGACGCGAGCGCCAUGAUACACCAACCCCUUCUUCUGCAGCUGCGCGAACACCCACCAGCAACUCUCCAUGAAUGUGACAUCCAUCGUCUUGUAGUCUUUGUCAAAGUCGAUCCAUCUUCCUAACCUGCCAAUGACUUUCCUCCACUCUCCAGCAUAAGUCAGCACAACCUCUCUGCAUCGGCGAUUGUACUCUGCAAUGCCAAUCUUGUCCACAGCCGCCUUGCCCCUCACUCCGAACUCGUCUUGCAGUGCCUUGUCAAUGAUUUGCUCAAUCGGCACACCAUGCGUGUCCCAUCCAAAUCGACGCUCGACAUAGCGGCCCCGCAUAGACCAAUAGCGGGGGAUAAUGUCUUUGAUGGUGGAUGCGAGCAAGUGGCCGUAGUGCGGCGUACCGGUGGCGAAAGGCGGUCCAUCAUAGAAUACAUAUGGCUGCUCGUCUUUGCUGAGUUCGAGUUGGCGGUGGAAGGCGUCGGUUUUUUCCCAGUGCUCGAGUAUGCGCUCUUCUUCCGCCGGAAAGUUGAUGGAGCCCAUUGCGGGCGGUCCUUGUCGGGCAAUCAGGGAGCGGACUGUGGGUGAGUUGCGAGACUGUGAAGACUAGACGAAGGUCUAAACGACUGAAGGUCUAUUGAAAUGCUGCUCCAGUAUCAGUCGUGCAGCGUCA